AUGGAUUUUAUUAUCCGGCGCCAAGGAAAAUCGCUAUUCUUCACCUUCUUAUUAUUAAUUUUAGUCUCAGGGUUUUGAACUUUUCUAUUACUCAUAGAAAGAGAUCAAAGCACACCCGAAGUGAUUUUGCCUUCAGAAGUGGUUUUCACUGAAAAAGAAACAAUCGAAAUCAAACGACAUCCAGAAAUUCCUUCCCUUUCUGAAUCCUUAGUUUCUUGAAGUGAUAUUCCUGUGGAUAAGAAUGCAAAAGUCCUGACUUGACCUCUAUCUCAGAUCCCUCAUUUUAAGGACUCAGACAAUGCCUCAUGCAUCCCAAGAAGCUUUGGAUAUUCUAAGCAGCAAGCAGAGAAUUUAUUCAAAACAGAAGGAUUUUAUACAUGUGACAAAGGUAAAGACUUUUUAUCGUUUAGGGAUAAUAAAUUGGAAAUUAACUGUCCUGAGGGCUCUGAUUCAAGUUAUGUUUUGGGAACUUUGCCUGAAGAAGAAGUGCUUAAUGACUCAAAAAUGAGGCCGAGGUGGAAAAAAUAUGAAGGAGAAGUGGAUUCUGGCAGAAGUGAGUAUGCUUUUGGAAAGUGUGGAGAUAUAAAGCAAGGAAUUCUGAAAAAUAAGUUUUUAAAAUCAGCUUCAGAUCGAGCAUUUAACACUACAGAAAAAUUAAAGAAAGAAAUGAAUAUUAUGGGCAAGGUCAGGCCUUUGACUGUUCAUAAUCAAUAUGUUGGCGAAUAAAUAUAUCCUUGAUGGCAAUUCACCACCUAGGCUGAAAAAGUCACUUUAUAGCCUAAAUAGAGGUUCAAGCUUUUAAAUCUAAACCACACAACAGUAUUGGAUGGGUACAUCUUGGGAGUAGGCUAGUGGUGAGUCCUUGACCUGGUAUUUGUUAUCCGAGAGUAAUAAUUUUCACAUCUGGAGGUGUUGCUCCUUUUUACUUGGUGUCACAAGUCCUCAAUGGCUAUUGAGUUAACCUUUAGCUUUAUUGCACCCGAUUUCUUUCUGAAGAGAAGCCUUUUGAUAUGGAGAGAAUCUUUGGGGUCACAGUGAAGGUCCUGUCCCUAGAAUAGAGCACUGUUCCAAAUAAUAUGAAUUUCUGCCCAGCAAGCAGGGGGUCUGGCUGAAAGUUUUUGGAGACAAGGACAUUCUCGGAGAAUACUUUAAAACCCUUAAAUUUAAUUUAAUUUGACUGUUCUUUUUGUAUUAUUUGACGCAUAUUCCAGAUAUCAUUUUUAUCGGAACUCUCCAAAAACUCUCGAAUUUUUGAAUUCUCAGGCCGUAAAUGGCACUUUUUCAGAAAAAUUUACUAUAUAUGAUUUUCUAAUCAAUAACGCUCACGCUGAAAAUACCCAGCCAAAUUUAAUUCCUAUGUUUUACGGCUACAAUCUAAGAAGCCAUAAAAUUCGGUUAGAGGGAUAUUCCUAUAAUAACCAAAGCGAUACAUGAAAAUUCAAAGAUCUCCAAAAAGAAGCUAUCUGAAAGCACUAUGAAAAUUAUGGCUUUGUCACUAUGUUUUCUUAUGACACUGUCUGAAAUUACAUGACCCAAUCAACUGGAAGAAAAGUUCUAACUGACCAUGUCGCUACUAAUUUCUGGCAUGCCUCAUCAGAAAUAUUUGGAUACCCUGACUUUAUGAACUAUAAAAGGUGCAUUGGGAAUCAUUAUUCUCAUUAUUAUACUUUGGAUUAUACAAAGCAGUUUAUAAGAAACUACCAGGAAAAUAAUAAAUUCGCAUAUAUCCAUUUAUCACAAGCUCACGAAUAUGCAGGGACAAUUAUAAAAAUAGUUGAUGAUGAUUUAAAGGAAUUUCUUGAAGACACUCUAAAAUAUUACAAUGAAAAAGAAGAAGAUCUUGUCAUAAUGCUCGUUGGUGAUCACGGAAAACAUGUUGAGCCUUAUGACACUUAUCCAGAAGGCUACGUAGAAAAUCAACUGCCUUUUCAUAUUUUAAUCACAAAUAAAGAGCUCGUUAAUAAAAUGAGUGCUGAUGAGUUUCUUAAGCACAACACACAAAGAUUGGUGAGUAGAUUUGAUUGGUAUAUGACACUAAAACAUCUAGCUACAGUUCCAUAUGGAUCUCUUAAGCCUAAUUCUGAUCUUUAUUUAACUUGGAGAUCAAUGACUGAUUCAAAUCAUUCACUUUCCUUAUUUUCAGAAAAAGUUGAUAAUUAUAGGGAAUGCUCUGAUAUGAAAAUUCCUCUGCAUAGAUGUUCUUGCUUGCCAUUUUUCAAAGUAGAAGAAAAGCUUUAUAGCUCUGAACCACUGACAACUUUAGGGAGAUUAGGAAUUUUCGCAGUAAAUAAUAGGAUAAAGAAUGAUAAUUCUUUAGAAUUUUGCAAAAAAAUUACAUUUAAAGAGAUAAUUCAAGCAGAAUUCCAAGAAUUAAAUGAUAAAGAUGAAAGCAAAACUUAUAGGAUUAGGGUUACAAUACAUGAGGAUGAAAAAGCAAGUUUUGAAGUCUAUGGAUUAUUAACUUCAAAAGAAAAUCUGAAAAAAAUGAUGAAGAAGGAUGAAGACGGAGAGAUUUAUCCUGUAGCAAAUGUAGUUGUAGAAAAUAGAAAAGAAGAAAUGGCUAUCCAAGUUCAAGAAAUAAUAAGGGUGGACCCUUAUGCGGGCAUAUGUGAAGAGAUAGCAGCUACUUUGGGCACAAAAUCUGCAUAUUGCAUUUGUAGAAAACCCCAAAAUUACGACUUCACUAAAAAUAUCACGCCACCUAAAGAAAGAAUAUUCAAUCAGCUAAAGAAAAAGCUAAAAGUCCAAUUAGCUAGCUUCAACGAAACCUGCUAUGAAAGCUGUAUGGUAAAAGAUACAAUUUGCCAGCAGUGGGGAUUUGAACUGAUAAAUAAAUUAGAAAUUUUGAAAGAGCCGUGGAAUAAGGAUGGCGGAGGCUAUGAAAUAUGGAUAAAUGAUACACAUGUAGAAGAAUUCAACGAUAUACAGAUUUUAGAGUAUAGUAAUAGAACUGCUUUAAGCUUUGAAGAAGCUGAUGAUGGAAAAUAUAAUUUGCUAUUUGGUAAUUGGACAAAAAUGUCAUGCUAUCUAAGAGAUGAGGAAGUUCAGUUAUUAUGUCCUUGCGUAUAA